UUACAUAACUCUUUCUAUACUGACUUUUCUUUCAAAAAAGUUGACUGUAUUCAUCAAUGGCUGAAAACUACUCAGAUGAAAUACUCUACGAUUUCACUCCCAUGCUCAAAGCCUACAAAGAUGGCCGCAUCGAAAGAUUAACCGGCCGUGAAUUCGUCCCCGCAUCGCUCGAUCUAACAACGGGCGUCAAUUCCAAGGACGUCCUAAUCUCGCCGGAAAUCGGCGUCGCCGCCCGGAUUUACCUCCCCGGAGACGCCAACCCUGCCGCGAAACUCAAACUCCCCGUCGUCGUCUACUUCCACGGCGGCGGUUUCGUGGUGGAUUCCCCCUUCUCCCCUCUCUACCACAAGCACCUCAAUCACCUGGUGGCGGAAUCCAACGCCAUCGCCGUUUCGGUGGACUACAGACUGGCGCCGGAGCACCCUCUCCCGACCGCCUACGAGGAUUCAUGGCUCGCUCUGAAAUGGAUUUUCUCCGGUGAAGCUCAAAAUGAAGAAUGGAUCAGAGAUUACGCGGAUCUGGAUCGGGUCUAUUUAGGCGGAGAUAGUGCCGGUGGCAACAUUGCGCACCACUUGGCAAUACGGGUCGGGUCGGAACAGAAUACGGGUUCAAACAUCAAUCUACGUGGCAUUUUUCUCAACUGCCCGUUUUUUGGCGGGUCGGAUCCGAUUGGGGGCGAAAUGGCUUUGGUGAAAACAAUUGUAGACAAUUUAUGGGUUUUUGUUCACCCGAAAGAAUUCCCGGGUCACGAUGGCCCGUGGAUAAAUCCGGCGAAGGAUCCGAGGGUUUCGGGUUUGGGUUGCCGGAGAGUGCUGGUUUACGUGGCGGAGAAGGAUUAUUUGAAGGAUAGAGGUUGGUAUUAUAAGGAGACGUUGGAGAAGAGUGGUUGGUUCGGAGAAAUCGAGGUUGUCGAAGUUGAAGGGGAAGAUCAUGUUUUCAGUGUGUUUUCGCCUGAUGGUGAGAAUGGUUUGGCCAUGAUUAAAAAAGUUGCUUCUUUUAUUAAUCACUAGUUGUUGUUUUCUUGAGGUGAUACAUAUGAUUUUUUUCAUGAAAUAAAUUGUGAUUGUUUGUGUGUAUGUAUAGUAUGUGAAUUGAUCUAUAUGUAUAUUCUAAUUGAUGCGGCUCAAAAAUUGAUUAAAGAAAUUCCAAAUUU